CCACCUGCUCUGCUGCGCUCUGCUCGGAGGAUUAAGGGCGCACGCCGAGCCGCUGACCUUUAACCCGGAACUUUUCUACCCCAACCGCGCACGUUGAGCCAGCUUUGAGGCUGCUUCUCUCAGGUAGCCUUCAGUCAUGUCUUCCAAGAAGAGCCGAAAGCGGCUGAAAGAAGGCUCGGAUGGAGGCUCUCCCUCGUUCUCGGCUGGUCCCUCGCGCGCGGGGACUCCUGCUUCUGCUCGACCGGACGCGGUGGGGGCGGCGGCGCCGGGGACCCUGGUGGUGACUAACUUUCUCGAGAAAGUAGAUGGCAAAGUUCCUAAGACAUUCCAGAAUUCCCUUGUUCACCUUGGACUCAACACUAUGAAGUCUGCAAACAUAUGUAUCGGUCGACCAGUGCUGCUUACCAGUUUGGAUGGAAAGCAAGAGGUUUAUACAGCUUGGCCAGUGGCAGGAUUUCCUGGAGGCAAGGUUGGCCUAAGUGAAAUGGCACAGAAGAAUGUGGGUGUAAGGGCUGGCGAGACCCUCCGGGUCCAGCCUCUUUUGGGUGCUGUACUUCAGGCUCAGGAGAUGGAUUUGGCACUGAGUGACAAAGAUAGAGAAAUUAAUGAAGAAGAACUGACUGGUUGUAUUCUGAGAAAACUAGAUGGCAAGAUUGUUUUACCAGGCAACUUUCUGUAUUGUACUUUCUAUGGACGGCUUUGCAAGUUACAAGUGUUGCAAGUGAAAGGGACAGAUGGCACAGCAUUAGGAAAGCCCCAGAAUGUGUCUAGCCCUGAGACUCAGGCCUGUGAGCAUUCCAGUAUGGAAACCAGUGACCUGGAUAUAUCCUUCCAGCUAAGCCAGUUAGAUAUGAAAGAACCUCAUAGCCCAGCAUCACAAAGUAAACCUACUGAUGACAGAAUUUUAAGUAAAGCUGAUGAAGAUUUGUCGGAUGUUAUACAGAGUCCUGGGAAUGGCAGUGGACUUGGGCUGGUGGAAGGCACAGGUCUUAAAUGUAGUUUUGAUUCAGCCAGAGAAGAAAGCAAGCAACUUACCAAUGAAGAAAAACUCCUAAAAUCUGCCAAUGAAGGAGCAAAGUGCAAUACUGAUACUUUUUAUUUUAUUUCUUCAACAACAAGAAUCAAUCUUAGAAAAAUUUGUAAAAACUCAAAAGAACAAGACAGCCAAUUCAGAAUAACUUACGACAUGAUUGGAGGCUUAAACAGUCAGCUGAAAGCAAUUAGAGAAAUAAUUGAACUGCCUCUCAAGCAGCCUGAACUUUUCAAGAGUUAUGGAAUUCCAGCACCUAGAGGAUUAUUACUCUAUGGUCCGCCAGGUACUGGAAAGACAAUGAUUGCCAGGGCUGUGGCGAAUGAAGUUGGAGCUUAUGUUUCUGUAAUUAAUGGUCCUGAAAUAAUAAGCAAAUUCUAUGGUGAGACUGAAGCUAGGUUACGUCAGAUAUUCGCAGAAGCCGCUCUACGGUAUCCAUCAAUUAUUUUUAUUGAUGAGCUGGAUGCAUUGUGCCCUAAAAGAGAAGGCGCUCAGAAUGAAGUGGAGAAGAGAGUUGUAGCUUCACUCUUAACACUGAUGGAUGGCAUUGGCUCAGAAGGAAGUGAAGGACGAGUAUUAGUCCUUGGUGCCACAAAUCGCCCUCAAGCAUUAGAUGUUGCACUUAGAAGACCUGGGCGAUUUGAUAAAGAGAUUGAGAUUGGGGUUCCUAAUGCCCAGGACAGACUUGAUAUUCUUCAGAAACUGCUCCGAAGGGUGCCACACUUGCUCACUAAAGCUGAACUGCUGCAGCUGGCAAAUAAUGCUCAUGGAUAUGUUGGUGCAGACUUGAAAGCCUUGUGUAAUGAAGCAGGUCUGUGUGCCUUGCGAAGAGUCCUGAGGAAACAGCCUAACCUCCCUGAUAGCAAGGUGGCUGGAAUGGUGAAGAUUACACUGAGUGAUUUCUUACAGGGUAUGAGUGAAAUAAGGCCCAGUGCUAUGAGAGAGGUAGCAGUUGAUGUCCCAAAUGUAUCCUGGUCAGAUAUAGGAGGACUGGAAAAUAUCAAACUGAAAUUGAAACAGGCUGUGGAAUGGCCUUUGAAGCAUCCCAAGUCUUUCAUCCGAAUGGGCAUUCAGCCACCUAAAGGAGUUCUCCUGUAUGGGCCACCUGGAUGCUCCAAAACAAUGAUAGCGAAGGCUUUGGCCAAUGAAAGUGGGCUGAAUUUUCUAGCUAUAAAGGGCCCUGAAUUAAUGAGUAAAUACGUUGGUGAAUCUGAAAGAGCAGUUAGAGAGCUAUUUCGUAAAGCAAGAGCAGUGGCUCCUUCCAUUAUUUUUUUUGAUGAACUUGAUGCCUUGGCAGUUGAAAGGGGCAGUUCUUCAGGUGCUGGCAAUGUGGCAGACAGAGUUUUAGCUCAGCUGUUAACAGAAAUGGAUGGGAUUGAGCAGCUAAAGGAUGUGACAGUUUUGGCAGCUACUAAUCGCCCAGAUAAAAUAGACAAGGCUUUGAUGCGGCCUGGAAGAAUUGAUAGAAUCAUUUACGUGCCCUUGCCAGAUGCAGCAACAAGGAGGGAAAUACUGAACCUACAGUUUCACUCAAUGCCAAUCAGUAAUGAGGUAGACCUGGAUGAACUCAUCUUCCAAACAGAUACAUACUCAGGAGCAGAGAUCAUAGCUGUCUGCAGAGAGGCUGCUCUCCUGGCCCUGGAAGAAGACAUUAAAGCUGACUGCAUUAUGAAGAGGCAUUUCACUCAAGCCUUGAGUAUUGUGACACCUAGAAUCUCAGAAUCACUGAGACGCUUUUAUGAAGAUUACCAAGAAAAUAGCAGGCUACACAUUCUCUGAGAGAUCUAUGCUACUCAUAUACUAAAAUGUUUUCUAGAGAAAAAUUCAUUUUCAGAUUUUUUUCUUGAGAGUGUUUACAAUACUUUAAAGGUAAAAUGUUUGAAAUAUUUUUACUAGAAUUGAAGAGCUUCAACUGAAUGUUUUGCAUUAUUUGAGUACAAUAAACAUAUCAUUGGGCAUCAGUUUAAACCAGUUUUAACAUUUGAUUUUCAAGAACAUCCAUUCACUCCUUGAAUGAGUUUCUUACUUGUCAGUGCCAGACCUGUAGAAGUCUUUUCUGUCCAACAUGAAACAAGUAUGUGCAUAAAGACACCAUGAGCAGCAUCCAUGGUUCUUUUUAUUAAAGGCUGGGUUUCAUGUAGCCCUGGCUGGCCUUCAUCUCUGUGUAACUGAGGAUGACCUUGAACUUCUGGUUCUCCACCUCCUGAAUGCUGGGAUUAUAGUUAUAUACUACUACAUCCAGAUUAUGUAGUGCUGAAAAUUGAACCCAGGGCCUGGUGCAUGCUAGGGCAAGUACUCUACCAACUGAGCCAAACCCCAUGCCCCAAAUCUGUACUUUGAAAGGCUAGUCAGGAUUGUGUGGCCUUGUUUCCAAAUAUAUGUUUGUUCUCAUUAUUACUGGCACCUGCAUUCAUGGCCAGAAAGUAUUAUGUUAGCACAUGUAAUACAGUGUCUUUUGAAGGGUUAAAAACUUUUUUACGUGUAGACCCAGUUUGAGCCCAAAAGAGGAACCUUGCUUUUUUUCCUAAGAUGAUGCAAAGAAAUUAUAAAAAGUAUUAUUGUUUUAAUCUCUGCAUAUUUUCAAGUUACCAGUAAGCCUUUCGGGUAAACAAAACAAAACAAAACAAAAAAAUACCCUAAAAAACAAAUAGGACUAGUGAAGUGGUUCAUCCGGUAAAGACAUAUGCCAUCAAGCCUGAAAACCUGAACCUGAUCCCUGGGACCCACAUGGAGGAAGAGAGAACCAACUGCAAGUUGUCCUUUGACCUCCAUCUGCAUGUACUAGUCAGAGUUCUCUGGAGAAACAGAACUGACAGAAUGAAUAUGUAUUAAAAUAACUUAUUAAUGAGCUUACUUUGAAAUAGUCACAACAGUUAAAUCAUAUCUGAGAGACUGAGAUUCUGGUAGUUGCUCUGUCCUUGAGGCUGGGUGGGUGCCUCAGCAGCCUGAGUAGUCACACAGUGGCAGUCUCACACUGUAGAGGAUUGAGACCCUCCUGUAUAAAAGGUGCACAGUUUAGGGGCUGGAGAGAUGACUCAGUGGUUAAGAGCAGUAACUGUUAUUAG